CAAUGUGCGGUAGGAGGGGUCGUGGUGACGCUGCCCGUAGCGCUCCGCUGCUGAGCUGAGCGGAGCUGAGCUCAACACGAGAGAGCAGAAACACAUCAGAACGGAACUGAUCGGAACGGAUCGGCGCUUUUCACCUGCAGCCGCGCGCGCGACAGCAGCUCCGGGGACCCUCCGUGCGCCGCAACAAGAGCCGGGACCGGAGCGCGCGGGACGCACCUCCGCUCCGAAAGCCAGGGACGUUUUUACACCGCAGCGCACCGCCGCACGAGGACCGACCGGCAGCAUCCGAAGCUCGUAAAAAAAAAAAAAAAAAAAUCAAAAAGAAAAAAAAAAAAAACAAAAAAGAAACCGCGAGCCACGAUGACAGCGGGCUUCGUGAUGAUUUCAGUGAUGACCGCGGCGCUCCUCAGCACGUCCUGGGGGAGUUAUGGAGACGUACCAUCUAAGCCACCCUGCAGACCAGGAUUCUCAGAGAGUUUUUAUACAGUGUUUGUUUCAAGGGAUAUACUGCAAGGCCAGAGUAUUCUCAAAGAUACGACUGUGUCUUCAGGACGUGUCAAAUUUGAUACCUGCCGGGAGGACGAAGUCGUGGGGUUCGAGAGCAGCGACCCUAGCUUCAAUGUGCGGAUGGAUGGCUCCAUCUACACAGAGAGAGAUGUCUCCAAUCUCUCGGAGCCGGUGCAGUUCAUGGUGACUGCCCGGAGCAGCCCCGACAUGCCCAUCUGGGAGACCACUGUCAAGCUGGCCUUGGCAGGAUACUCUCCACCCACCUCUCAGGCCAGGGAUGGAGAGGACGGUGUCCAUAAGGUCAACCAAGAGCUCGGCAUCAUCACAUUUCCACAGAAACAACUGACCGGCUCCAGUGGGCUGCGACGGCAGAAGCGGGACUGGGUCAUCCCACCAAUCAAUGUGCCAGAAAAUUCCAGAGGGCCUUUCCCGCAGAUGCUUGUCAGUAUUCGCUCUGAUCAGGACCGGCAAAUCCAGAUCCGCUACAGCAUCACGGGCGUGGGGGCUGACCAGCCCCCCAAUGAGGUCUUCAGCAUUGACCCGGUGGCGGGGAAGAUGUUUGUCACGAAGCCUUUGGACCGAGAGGAGAGGUCCUCCUACCAUCUCAGGGCUCAUGCUGUGGACAUGAAUGGCAACAAGGUGGAAAAUCCCAUUGACCUCUACAUCUACGUCAUCGACAUGAAUGACAACCGGCCAGAAUUCCGGAACCAGGUCUACAAUGGAUCCGUGGCUGAGGGAGCCAAGCCAGGCACGUAUGUAAUGAAGGUGACGGCCAACGAUGCUGAUGAUGACACGACGGCCAAUGGGAUGGUGCGGUACCGCAUCCUCUCACAGUCCCCACACAGCCCUAUCCCCAACAUGUUCACCAUCAACAGUGAGACGGGCGAUAUUGUUACGGUGGCUGCUGGUCUCGAUAGAGAGAAAGUCUCCCAAUACACCAUCAUCAUCCAGGCCACUGACAUGGAGGGUAACCUGAACUUCGGAUUGUCCAACACCGCCACCGCCAUCAUCUCCGUUACAGACACCAACGACAACCCACCAGAGUUGACAGCAAGAACGUUCUCCGGUGAAGUUCCAGAGAACAGAGUCAACAUCGUUGUUGCCAAUCUGACAGUGAUUGACAGGGAUCAACCUCACACGCAGAACUGGAAUGCUGUGUACAGAAUCAUCAAUGGAGACCCCUCUGGGCACUUCACAAUACACACUGACCCCGUCAGCAACGACGGUAUGGUUACUGUGGUGAAGCCAGUGGACUACGAGAUGAACCGGGCCUUCAUGCUGACAGUGCUGGUGUCCAACCAAGCCCCGCUCUCUGACACCACGCAGUCAUCCCAGCAAUCCACAGCGGGGGUCACCAUCUCGGUGGUGGACGUCAACGAGCCGCCUUUCUUCCCCUCCAAUCCCAAGCUCAUCCGCUUUGAGGAAGGCGUCCCUGCUGGCACCACCCUCACUACAUUCGCUGCCAACGACCCCGACCGCUUCAUGCAGCAGAUUGUCAGGUACUCCAAACUGGCCGAUCCAGCCAACUGGCUAAACAUUAACGCCACCAAUGGACAGAUCAUAACCACGGCCAUGCUCAACCGUGAGUCCCCCUUUGUGAAGAACAACAUCUAUGAGGCCACUUUCCUGGCAGCAGAUAACGGCUCGCCGCCGGCCAGCGGUACGGGCACGCUUCAGAUCUACCUGAUCGACGUGAAUGACAAUGCGCCCGAGCUAGUGCCCAAGGAGGCCCAGGUGUGCGAGCGCAUCAACAGCAACCCCAUCAACAUCACUGCAGCGGACGCUGACGUCGACCCUAACGUGGGCCCCUUUGUGUUCGAGCUGCCCGCCUUCCCUUCCAGCGUUCGGCGCAACUGGACCAUUUCACGGCUCAACGGCGACUACGCCCAGCUGAGCCUGCGCAUCCAGUACCUGGAGUCCGGCGUGUACGACGUGCCUGUGAUAGUGACGGACUCAGGUAACCCGCCCCUGUCGAACAGGUCUGUCAUCAAGGUGAAGGUGUGCCCGUGUGACGAGAAUGGCGACUGCACCACUAUCGGAGCCGUGGCCGCCGCCGGCUUGGGCACGGGAGCCAUCAUCGCCAUCCUCAUCUGCAUCAUCAUACUGCUCACCAUGGUGCUCCUCUUCGUCGUGUGGAUGAAGCGCAGGGAGAAGGAGCGGCAGACCAAGCAGCUGCUGAUCGACCCAGAGGACGACGUCCGUGACAACAUCCUGAAGUACGAUGAAGAAGGUGGCGGCGAAGAGGACCAGGACUAUGACCUGAGCCAGUUGCAACAGCCCGAGUCCUUGGACCACAUCAUCAGCAAGCCCCCUGGAGUCCGGAGGGUGGACGAGAGGCCUGUGGUGUCCGAAUCGCAGUACCCCAUCCGACCAGUGGUCCCGCACCCUGGUGAUAUCGGGGACUUCAUCAACGAGGGCCUGCGAGCGGCAGACAACGACCCCACGGCACCUCCCUACGACUCACUGCUGGUGUUCGACUACGAGGGCAGCGGCUCCACGGCCGGCUCCGUCAGCUCCCUUGACUCGUCCAGCACCGGUGACCAGGACUACGACUAUCUGAACGACUGGGGGCCGCGCUUCAAGAAGCUGGCCGACAUGUACGGGGGUGGCGACGACGACUAAGCUGAGCACCGCCGCUGCCGCCGCCGCGACCUGCUCUCCAGUCACAGACAGAAACCAAGCCACACCGUCAGUUGAAACACCAGUGAGGACUGUACAAAGAGGCAGCUUUGUAACCUUUCCCCUCCGGCUGACUUUUAUCACAAACUAUUCUCUUUAUUAUUUUUUGUUUCCCUCCUUUUCCUUAUUCUUUUGGUGGCAAGUUUUUUUUUUUCCUAGUUUGUUUCAAUUUUGUAUGAUGUUACUUUUUGCUCAUCUUAGAUGAGAGCUGUCUACUAGCAUGGGAAAGUGAAUGGCCCCCUUGUUUCCCAGCCCCCCCACCCCACCCCUGUGUACCACCACUGCAGACAGCAGGGAAGUUCUUUUUCUCCAUCGCUGAAGAGAGUGUGAAAGGGCACUCUUUAUUAACUUGAAUUCGUUAGAACAGAAGCACUGUUGUUAAAGAAAGUGCCUUUCUCGGUGCGUUGUAUUGGAUUCACACUAUCUCAGGAUCGGUAGCCAUUGGAACGGUGUUGUGUGGCACCCCCCGCCCCCAUCCUCAUCAACGGUCCUAAUAAAUGCAGUCAGCAACAUGGGGAAAUUAAAGAGGAAUUAGUAAUAGUCGCUUAUGAAUCUGCCUUUCGGAGAAAAAUACUCACGUUGGCUUUAUUUAAGGAAUGAAAGUGCUUUGUGCAAAUAAUAGUUAUCUAUCAGUGGGAGCAAAUCAGUGUUUUUAACUGGGCCACCAAACGGAGCAGAGGAACUCGGCCUGAUGGUGAGGUUAACGUUUCGACAGAAAAGCAUCGUGGCUUUGUCCUCUCGAGCAAGUCGCUUCCUCAUAGCGUAGAGAAGGGCCAAGUUUGGGUGGCUGUUCAUGUUUCGUAGUGCAGUGUCUGUUGCUUUGCACUUCCUGCUCAUACCGGCAUGGUGAGUGUGUGAUCGGCAGAGGAGCGGCCCGUAUUCGCCUGCCUUCCUCGUUUUUUGUAACAGCGUGAAAUGCAUUGAAAAAGGUGAAAUGGAGAAAAACAGAGGGUGGAUUCUUUUUCUACAGAAAAAUUCUACAUUUGUGUGUUUUUUUUGUAUAUUAAGUACAGAAAUGCAUGUUCCCCCUACCCUAAAGUUUUCACUACAUGGCAUUAACUGUGUGAUCAGACUGGUAAUGGGGAUUUUGGGAAAAAAGAGACAAGAAAAAAAAAACUAUUUCUGAAGUGUUAGGGAAUUCCAGGCAGUCCGUGCUGCCUAGCUUUAAAAAAAAAAAAAAAAAAAAAAUAUUUAUUUAAUUUUUUUGGGCAGAAAGACACCAUCUGGGACUUGUACGUUUAAAGCUUUGAUGUCUCAACAGAUACUCUGUGAAGUGAUCCAAUUGUAUUCCACACUAGUAUUAAUGUAUUUUAAUUUCCUGUUUUGUACCUGUAACUCGUGAUGAACUGAACUCCACUGAAAAACUGUUUAUGUUGCGCAUCAGUGACACACUUGUCAUUACUGGGGGGUUGUAUUCUUGUACCUUAUUGAACUCUAUACUGGUUAUAUGCAGAGAAUUUACCCUUUACUCUUAGAAUAAAGCAGGGUUUUCCAGCAAACAAAUCCUCUCACAAAGACUAUGGUACCCAUUAAUAGCCAUUGUGAUGACAAGAGCUACACCGCUCCUUGGUGGAAACAAGGAAGACUAAAAGCGCUUUAAUUAUAGGAUAUGCAAACCUUUUUUUUUGUGUCUGUGUUUUGGGUGAGGUUCCCAUGCGAACUGCUGCAGUAGCCACACGCAACACGUCUCCACGGUCAUUCCAUCCUGCAGUUCCCUCCAGGAGUAAGCGCACGUGGAGCGACGUGACUGUUUUGCUUUGAGCGCUCCUAAUGGGGCAGAUGGAGGGCAGGCGCCACACGAUGGCGACCGUGGGGGCAGGACCUACACUCUGUCGCCCUGCCACGGCGCAUUGUGCUGCCUGAUCUUAGUCGGUAGCUCUUCAUCUGAAUGUGAUGUAUUCCGUAAUGUAGCUUUUUGCCUGUUGGGGGAUAACUGUCAUUCAAGCUGAGGGUUCUGCCAAAACCCCUCGUAGGCUGCAGUGAUUGAAAAGAUUGAUUAUCUUUCUCCUUCUCUUUCUCUUGCUCACUCACUCUCUCGCUUGCUCCCUCCCUCCCGUCAUGGUGGUUUCAAUUAGGUUGAUGAGGAAAUAGGGGGGUUUUAUCCCACCAGCAGUUUAUCUAUCAAUUAAGCAGAUGAUUAAUCCCUGGAGAUAAUCUCCUUAGCAAAAUGGCCUCCGAAUCACCAGUGUGAAGUGGGUGGACUCUUGCCAUUAAGUCAGAGGCAGGCUGCUGCAUCCAGGCUGCCCCGACCUCCCAUCCCUCCCGUUUCCAGUUCCACUUCUUGACAAGUAUUGGACAAAGAUGCCUUACCGAGCAAGGCAGGGCAGGGAGCGGUGAAUGUGUGCCGUGGAGCUCAGCUCAGCUCGGCCCGCUAAAGCGGAGGGCCGGGCCAUCUCGUUUUGCAAGGAAUCGGCUGCUGCCAAAGGGCGGCCUAAAGAGGCGUCGCGUAGGCGUAGUUCGGCUACCCUGGCGACCGUGUUGUCACAACGAUGCCUUUCGAUAACGGAGCCCCUGCAGAGGGGGGUCAGCAAGAGUGCGUGGCUUGACUUCACCGUGUCAGUGGCUGCUUAACGGACAUGAAGGGGAAAGACAGGCUCGAUAUGCUUGAUGAGUUUUCGAAAUGUUGUUUUUCAGUUUCUUUUCUAUGACGCAGUGUAUUUUAAUGCAUGUACAGGGUGAACUGUUGUUUUCAUAUAUUAUUUGCAUCUUUUGAAAACAAGUCAUGUCGUGUAUAUAAACUUUUUUUAAACGAUCCUUUAGUAAUUUUUGUACAUUUUAAUUUGCUGUAGACAUUCCAGUUCUUCUGUCAUUAUUUUUCUUUUGUUGUGUGGUCAGAUAGCUGCCAUCAGUUUCCAGAAUGGUAUUUGGAUUUCAAAAGUUAGAUGCAAAUGUGACGCCACAUUGUUGUACUCUCCUUUUCGAAAGGAGCGGCACGCCGUUAGCGGCACAGACAUGGUAGAUAAUUCACUCCCUGGAUUUGUCCAGGAAUAUUUCAGAGUUUGCUUUUCACCUGUGUGCUGACAGGUCCUUUUGCCAUGUUAGCCAUGCCAUGAUAUAUGUGCAAGAGGCAAAGGCUUUUCCUAGUUCUUGAGUUGGUGAAGUUUAGCAUAUGUAAGCUGCGUUGACUCACAAACUCACCUGUCCUUUCAUUUUAAAUGGAGUCUGACUGUCUUGCUUCUCUAGUACACAUUGCCAGACUGCCCCCAAAACUUGCAGUUAUGACUGCGUAAGCCAUACCGAUUUCAAGGAGUUGCUUGCGAUUCAGUCGCAGUCUUAGUUCUUCUGCUUUGAUUAUUUUGCCUGUGUUUUUGACUGUACUCAAAUGCCUUUCACAUUCCUUGAGUUUCUUUGCUUUGAGAGGACAGUAGUGGAAUUGAUUUAGGUCAUUUUUUUACAUGCUUUUUUUGUUUUUUGCAAGAUUUUAUGGUCAUUUACAUCCUUUUGAAAUAGUGUGAGAGUUUCAAACGAAAAAAAGCACACACGUCUGGAUUUAGAGGUACUUCAGAAGGCAUGCGUGUGUUUGGCCUAAAGCAAAGAUGGUGUCUAUCUCUCUGUUUAACUGCAGCCUUAGAAUCUUUGAGUAGAACCCUGGGGUGUGAAAGGGCAUUGCUUAACUUUCUUUGUUGGCAAGACUACAAAAAAAUGUGUAUUAUUCAUGCUUUCAACUCCAAUGAUGGUAAUUUUAACAUUCACUACGGCUAUGCUAGAGUUUACCGUCGGUAUGCCUACUGUCAUUCAGAAACAGUAUUAUUCAAAUUGUCACAUCUUUGAGACACAUUAAAAAAUUUCCUUACAAGGGUUAAUUGUAAGAGCCAAUUUAAAAUGAGCCAGAUUUAUAUAUCUUGUUAUGAAGAAUAACAAAAGGGAAGCAUAUGCCAGGCAGACACUGAAGUGUAGGGGUCAUGGUUUUCAAGUACCGUUUGAUGGAUUUAACCAGAGAUUGUUUCUUUGUUUUAGUGACUGCAGUCGUGACUUUACAGCACUGCAAUUUACAAACAGUGGGGUAAAUACAGGUUGUAAUAACCGUCAUCCCGCUGCUUCAUGAACGCUGAGAACUUAUAUUGGUUACAGAUUAAGUCCCAGGGGUGGCUGGGAAUAUUGUCUUCUUAAGCUUUAGAAGAUAUUCCAUUGUAUAAAAUGAAAAAGCAUAAGUAAAUAAGGUCACCAUGAGAUAAUGGUUCUUGGAAAGAAACAAGUAAAUGGAUUGCUUCAGUCUAGUAUGGUAAGUUGUCAUACAUUCCCAUAUUUUUAGGAUUUAUUCAUUCGCUUGGUAGAAUAACUGAGGUGGGAUGGAAGCCACUCUUCAGAUGUCCGUACUCGAGCAAGCAGGUCUACACGUACCGUCCUCUUCAUAUCGCUGCAUCGUUGUGCAUUUGUGAAGAGUAUGUCACACCGCCAAGAUCUCCCUCCGGUGCAGGGGGGCAGACAGCUGCAGGCGCUAGACCUACAUUACUUUCACAUGUGCACGUAACACCGUUCAACGGAGCCCACAUGCACACUCAUAAUCACAUGUACGUAUGUACGCGCACUGUUCCCCCACGGGUCCCCACUGGGUAGUGCUGGCCUUCAGAAAAGUAGAAUGAAGCAAAUCCUAGAAGCUCACACAAGCCCACAGAGUGUGCAGAAUAUCAAACAUGGGAUUUCUAACAGGGUUGGGUUAGCAUGAAGAAAACACUAUGGCUCUUCAAGGAUUCAGAAAAAAAAAGAUGAUUGCCCAAUUGGAGUCACCCAAUGUUACUCACUUUCGUGUGUACAUAAUGUAGUAAUUGCUUGAAGCUAAACGAUCAAUUUAGGCGAAUAUAAAUGUACAAUUGGAGCUUUUUUGCAUGUGUCUUUUUAUAAUGAACAAAGUAAUUACAUAAUAACGAUCAUAUUGAAAAUUAAAAAAAUAAAAAAUGUAGCAGCCCGCAUGUCCGUGGUUGUUUUCAGAUUCAAUUCUGAGGUGUACCAUACUCACAUUAAUAAAAUAUUAAAAAAAAAAAACCUAACAAACAUUAAAACGUAUAAAACACAAUCAUUGCACAGUAAAAGAAGUUACAGACUUUUUUUUGUAAACUGUCAACAGCACAAAUAUUUUGUAUUGUUGUUUGUACCAUUUUGUACCAAAAAAAAGGAAAAAAAGUAUAAGAAAAAAGGGAAAGAGUUUGUUUUAAGCGUGUUUCUAGUGCCACUGCGAUCUUGGUUCCAAAUACAUAAAGCAGCCUUGCUGAUUAAUCGUGUAAAAUAAAAGCUGAACUGGUGAUGUGACACCAGCUCUCCUGUGUUAUAAAUAAAGUCCCCCUCCUUUUAAAACGUU